AUGGAACCUUUCUCCUACAACUCUCCCGGGUUUGUUAACCUUUUAGCUUCGCAGAGCAGUCCCCCAAAAGACGUGGACUCUGCUGAGGCAGUUGGUAACUCACCCGGGUUAGUUAAACCUUUGGAAAGAAGAAAGUGGGUUGUCAAAGAAGACCUUGUGCUCAUUAGCGCUUGGUUGAACACGAGCAAGGAUCCCAUAGUCGCUAAUGAGCAGAAGGCAGGGGCGUUUUGGAAGAGAAUAGAGGAGUAUUUUAACUCAAGCCCUCAGCUCAUUGGCGCCGUUCCUAGAGAAUGGAGUCAAUGUAAGCAGAGGUGGAAAAGGGUGAAUGGGGAAGUGUGCAAGUUCGUGGGUUGCCAUGAAGCCGCUUUGAAGGAGCAGACAAGCGGGCAAAAUGAGAAUGAUGUCAUGAAAGCUGCACAUGACAUCUUCUUAAAUGACUUUAAUGUCAAGUUCGCACUUGAACAUUGCUGGAGGGAGCUGAGAUUUGAUCAGAAAUGGAGGUCACACGCGUUGUCGAAAGAUGGUGGAAAGGAGAAGAGGAAGGAAGCAUGUCCGGAGGUGGUGGCUGACGAUGAAGAGGUGAGGCCUCCUGGUGUAAAGGCGAGCAAAGCAGCGAAGCGCAAGAAACACGGGAAUGAAGCAGCUUAUGAUCAAAUAGAAACCAUGCUAGCUCUGAAAAAUAACAUUUCCAAACAAAAGAUCCUUGAUCGUCUCAUUGGCAAAAAUGAGGAGACUCUUUCUGAUCAAGAAAAAUCCCUUAAGUAUAAACUAAUUGGUCAGAGAGUGCAGGUCACGGGUUGGAGUGAAGGUGUUGGAGGUGAUCAGUCGUUGCAGGAAAAAAAAACACCAAUGUCUUCCUCAUCAAGUGAUGAAGUUGACGAAGCUUUAGAAGAAAUGGUCGACCAAGUAGUUGAUAAUUUCAUCGACUCAGUGAUUCAUGCUCAUCCCAACAAGCCGACGAGAAGAGCUUAUAACGAAAGAAAUCGGGAACAAGGACACAAUCAACUAUGA